AUGCCAUACACUGCACCUGCAAAGACGUUGCCCGCCGCGCAGCACAUCGAAUACACGGAAGCCUCCCCGGGGCCUCGUACUGAACGAUCAAGCGCGGCGCGGCCUGCCAACCACCGAUCUCAAAACUCCCGCAACUACUCCUCUACCGCCUACGUCCGCCGGCAUCGACGCAGCCCAUCCAUCUCCAAAUCCAACAGCCCAUCCUCCACCGACUCGUCAACCCACUCUCACCCCACCCUCGAUCCACACGCUAGCCUCCGCCAGUCUCCACCACCUCUCAACAAUGCCAUCAUUCCCCCCGGAGCCGUCAUUUCCCCUCCCGAGUCUGUGAGCAACUCGAGUGAUGAGGAGUCAUCCGGUUCCAAGGACGACAUCAAACUCGAGGAACUGGAGGCUGCAGUGCGCUCCAUCGAGCAACGCAGGGAAUCAUCCCCCGAGAGGAGCACGAUGAGAUCGGCUGAAGAGACGAGUCCCGAGGCUCGGCCCUCCUCCAGUCUGAGUUCAUCUGCACUUCCUCAGGCGAAACCCGAGCCCAAGUUCUUGCGUCUCUCCAAGGAACACCGCAAGAUUUCUCACUCGCGAUCCUCUACGGAAUCUGCAGUGGAGUUGAAGAGAGAACAGGCAUUGACUAGCUCGCCGGACGACAGCGAUGCCGAGGCGGCUCCAAAACCACCCAUGGUACGAAAGAAGUCGGGAGAGCUGGUCCGUCCUGCUCUCCGGCCCGCCACCGCUCGUCGACGACCCUCGAGCAUGCCCGGUACCCCCAAUUAUGCCAAGGCGGUGCACUUUGAUUCUCAGUUGGAGCAUAUUCGGCACUUUCUGCAAUUGGACCGCCCUUUGGCUGUCAGCGCUGAAACCUCUCCGGUCGAUAGCCACGACGGCGAAUCAGAAUUCCCGUUCGGACACGAUGCCGACAAGUCCGGUUCUUCGUGGGAGUGGGAGCUCCGGCUUUCGAACUUCCCGAAGGAUACCGAUGCGCCCCACCAAGCCACUCAUGCAGUCCGCCUAGACCGGCUAUGCCUCUCGUUCGACAAGAAGAGUCUGAUUGGCUCAGUCUCCGUGGCCAACUUGGCUUUCCACAAGCAUGUGGCUGCCCGCUUCACUUUCGAUUACUGGCGAACUGUGUCCGAGGUCACUGCUGUGUACAAUAAUGACAUUCGUCGCAAGCAUGCUCACGAUGGAUAUGACCGAUUCACUUUUGACAUCAAGCUUGACGACCAGGCUAACCUGGAGAGCAAGACCAUGUUCGUCUGUAUUCGCUACAAUGUCGACGGCCAGGAGCAUUGGGACAACAACCAAAACAAGAACUACCAGGUCGACUUUGUCAAGGUACCCAAGACUGCCCCGAGCAAGGCUGCGACCCCUAGCCGCCCAGCUCUUCCUCGCAGUCGCACCUUCACCGGAUCCACCUCGAGCAAUCGGCAGCAGUCCAUGCCCCCCUCGUUCGACGACUUUCCCGAGGUGGGUAAGAGUGCGUCUUUCGGCAACUCGUUCAACUCCAAGGCCGGACCCAUCUUGAGCCGCAGCGCCACAAACGACAUCGACACGGUCGGCCCACCAAAGCGCCGCGAGAAGCCCCACCCGCAAGCAUUCGGCAAUCGAUAUGAUUUUGGAGCUUCGCUGACCGCGGCGAUGCGAACCAAGACGCCUGUCGACCGCACCACCCUCACUGCCCGUGCCCGAUCCUCUCAGCCCACGGAGGCACCCAAGGCCAGAUCGGGGGAAACAGAGCUGGAUGUGAAGCCGGGUCGGAUUUCUCCUGUGAGAGACGAUGCCCGCCCAGGGGACCUGAAGCCUUCCUCACUGGUCUCUAGCAAACCAUGCCACGAGUCCUCGUCGUACAAAGAGCUGGUGGAUAAAUACUGCUUCUAUGGAUCCGCCUCCGACUCAUCGACCCCUGAGAAACCGCCCAGUUUCGGCAAUUUCACCUUGACUCUUAAAGAGGAUGAGAAGUCCAGACUGCUCACCACUGCGGCCCCUUCUCCCCCUCUUUCUCCUCGCUCCUUGCCUGCACGUGAGCCGAGCAUGUCGUCUGACGGAUCUCACUCUGAGGGUCGCUCCGCCUCCUUUCACUCUAGCCCGGGAAGCCCUCGAAUUUCUCGAAGCACCUCUCCAUCAAUGAAUUUUCGCUACCCUUAUCACCACAAGACACUGCAAAAUGGUUUCAUGAAAGACCCUCAGUCAUCGCCAGUCAUUCGAGGGGGCCAUGACGUUUCCUUUCUGGAAAUGCCCGAAUCGCUUGUCUUUCCAUCAUUCGCCGACAGCUCUACCUAUGCACCCUACGUGGGCAUGGGCGUGGGCGUGGGCGCCCAUUGA